AUGCCAUUGACUGAAGAAAUAUUGUACGACCCUAAUUUGUUAGAUGACCCGGAGUUGAGGUCCGGCAAGCACCGGACCUUGCUGACAUUCCCGUCAUAUAUGACAUCAAUAAUAGACUACGCGAAGCCUAGUGAUUUAAAAAAAGAAUUGAAUGAAAAAUUUAAAGAAAAAUUUCCAAACAUACCACUAACAUUAAGCAAAUUGAGAAGUUUGAAAAGAGAUAUGAAAAAAAUUGCACAUACAAAAUGUGGACUUGAUUUCUGGGAUGUUGCCCAAGCAUACGUUUAUUUUGAGAAGAUUAUUCUUAAGGGUUACAUGACAAAAGCAAAAAGAAAACAUAUUGCAUGCGCUUGCCUUAUCUUGUCUGCCAAACUGAAUGACAUUAAACAUCAAGAAUUGUCCAAGCUUAUCCAGGUUAUAGAAGAUGUUUUCAAACUUCACAGAGAAGAUAUCCUACAAAACGAAUUUCAGACGUUCGUUCAGCUAGAUUUUUCACUGCUUGUGCCGGAUACAGAAAUCUACCCACAUUAUCAGCGAUUGUUGUACACAUCUUGA